AUGGCGUUCCGCGGCGACGACACGCGCCGAUACGGCCACGUUCCUCCUGCUCAGUACUCCGUCGCUGGGGCUGCGGCUGCCCAGGAACCUCUCACAUCCUACUCUGCUCGACCGCCGAGCUACAAUAGUGGUGAUGACUCCAGCUUUUUCGACCAUACCGCUACACGGCCCCAGACACACUACUCGGGGACCUCCGGCCGGGGUGAAGAAGAGUUGUUCAUAAGCAGCCCGGCCUCAUCACCAAGUGCCCAGCCAAACCCCAACCGCGCGAGCUACAUUCCCAGUUCUACUUCCACAACCUCGGCCUAUCAGCGCCAGUACCAAGUUCCUCCUCCUCCUCCGCCGCCGCCGCCUGUCCAUGCGACGACGACGACGACGACGACGCCUACCACACCAAAUACAACGUAUAAUCCCCAACACUUCGCUCGUUCUCACUCUACUUCCCUGCCUUACCAUCCUCAUCCAAGGUAUGGGUCCUCGACGAGCCCUACCUACACGACCCCUUUGGUGACGAACUACACUCCACCGGCGUAUAACCCAGCCGCGUAUGCGAACACUCCGACAACGAGCACAGUUCCUCAUCGGCACUCCACCAUUGCCGGGUAUGGAAACUACCGGUAUAAUAACUACUCAUCUCCUGCUGUCCCUCAAGUAUCCACAACUUUUGUGCCCCCUCCUCCCUCGAGCUAUGGUGGAUCACAACCUUCUUCAGCGACAAGCCCCUCAGUUCCGCAGCGGUACGAGCCAGCGCUGCAUAGCCCUCAGUACUCGUCGGCUUCAACUCCAUCGGCCGUUUCACCACAGUAUGAGCAGCCCUCUUAUUCGUACAAUCCGGCUCAAUAUACAAGCUCGUACGCCGCGAAUGGGGCUAGCCCUGUCUCGACUGCCUCAUAUCCGGUGACAACUUCUACGGCGCCGUAUCCCAUGCAGAACCAGAUCCCUGUUGGCCCCAUGUACUCCUCUCCGGACCCGAAUACCUUCGCCAAUCGCACUACUCGGUCGGCUUCUCAACCACCUCCCCUACCAUCACCUCCGAUCUACAUGUCGACGACUCAGCAACCGCUCCAGCGCCAUCCGACAAAUGCCCCUCUCCCUAGCCGCCCCGAUGAAGUCGCUGAAGAACCAGAGUGGAGGACCGGAGGCGCUGAGAGUGACAUCCAAGCUACUCAGGAUAGUCUGAUCCAGGAGAUCGUUUCUGACCUGGGCAUCAGCCAUCCCCAGUCCCUGAACGGUGCGGCUCCGGAUGUGACCGCAGACAAUAGAGCCCACCGCUAUAAUUCGACCUCGUCGAGGCACACCACUGAUUCGGGCGUUAACCUGCACCACUCCAAUUCUACUUCUUCCAGGAGCAACAAUGGCGGCGCUCCCUUGAACUACGGUUGGGAUUCUGAAGAGAGCGACCCUGAAGGUGCUGCUGGGCUUAUUGCUAUGCGAAAUGACGCGGAUGAUAGGCGUUUCGGUAGCCUUAGCUUCCCGACUUACAUGGAGACACCUGUGACGGCUUCUGCUUCGUCAACAAUUCCCGCUACGUCCCACCGUCCGUCCAUUUCCGAAGAGACAUUCCCUGAGCCGAGCGACUAUGGUGGGAUGGAUCUUGGCAUGUACGGAGGCGGCUAUGCGGGCAACCUGCAGUAUGGUACUGAUGUCGGCCUGACGUCCGCUACUGAGUCUCGUCGGCCAUUGCCCGACCCAUACGCACAACCUGCCGAGCUUCCCCCGUUCCCGGAUGUGUCUGUUGACUAUGGUGGCACCGGUGGUCUCCAGGCUCCGCAAGAACGCCGGCUUAGCUUUGACGAGGGCGAGGAGAGAGUCUCUGUUCAUUCUCGUCGGAGCAGUAGUGAUGAUCCCGAGAAGGACGACUUCCCCUACGACCAGAUGUUUUGGCACCCAGGACUCACAAAUCGUCCACUUCCAGCCAUUCCAACCGCCCCUGAGAGCAGCUCACAGGCUUCGUCCCAGCCUGCAGUCACCACUGCUUCCUACUCGCAGCACACCUACUCUCUUAGCGCCGACAGCACUCUACCUUACCCACCAGGUACUCCUGAUCUGUACCCGAGCCAGGGCUUUGCUCCUCAGCAGCCCGUGGAGAGGUCUGUGUCGCUCAACAACCACAGCACUACUCCUCAGGUACAAGCACCGGCCAGGUCUCGGACCGAUGCCAACGAAGAACGCCGUCGGGCCAAGUACAUGUCCCAGCCCCAUCUUUAUGGACCUGGCGCUAGCUACGGGACUUACGGCGCAGAUGUGGCGUCGUCGCUGGCUGCUUACGACAUGAUUACCCUGCCUACCGGUCGCAGGAAGAAGUUUGUGCCAUCCAAGCUUACUUCUGCCGACUUCAAGCGCUGCGCUGAGCCAUGGGCGCUCAGCGGCGUUACGGCCUGGAUUCGCGAGAUGGCCGAAGGCGAGCCCGAUCUGAAAAGGAAGACGAUCGAGGAGGGAAUUCUGAAGCUGUUCUGCGCCAAGGUGCCGACCAUGAAUGUCGCCGAUGCCGAGCAGCUGAGCGCUAAUGUCGUCGAUUCCAUGUUUGCUGCCGGCAUCCUGCUCCCCGAUGAAGAAUGGGUCAAGUUCGGCUCUGGCGAGCUCUCCGGUGUAUUGUGGCAACUGACGGGCUCGGGCUGCUAUGCCCCCAAGUUGCACGAUAGUGAGGAUAGCGUUCCCAGGUUGCACGACAACGGCAUACCGAUUAGAUGCUACUCGCAUCACUGCGGCAGAACCCUGAAGAAGAUGAAUCUGGACAACCUGAAGGUUGAGGAGGAGCCUCCCAUCCUGGACUGGGCGACAUUCUACGGUCUGAAGAAGGAGGACAUCGAGGGCAAGCCAAAGAAGGAGAUCGAGAGGCAGAACGUCCUUCACGAGAUCGUCACUGGCGAGGAAGAGUACAUGGGCCAACUCAAUGUACUCCGCAAUCUCUACCGCGACCAGUUGCGGUCAUGGCAACCGCCGAUCAUCGCUGAAAACCGGAUGGAGAAGUUCAUCGAUGCUGUCUUCGGCAAAGUGGAUGCUGUACAGCAGAUCAACAAGGAGCACCUCCUUGCGCAGCUCAAGUACCGCCAGAAAGAACAAGGCCCCUGGAUCGUCGGCUUCAGCGACCUGUUCCGUGAGUGGAUUCGGAAGGCCAGGCCCAUCUACAUCGAGUACUGCGCCAACUAUCCCUAUGCCGAAUAUAUGAUCAAGAAAGAGGCCGCAAGGAAUCUUCUCUUCCGCCAGUUCCUGGAGGUUGUCCGCGAGCACAAGCUAUCCAAGCGUUUGGAGUGGAGAACAUUCGUGAAGGCGCCCAUCACGCGUCUACAGCGCUACGGCCUUCUCCUGGAAACGGUCAAGAAGAACAUGAUUGGCGAGAGCGAGGAAAAGACCAACCUCGAGAAGGCCCUGGAGGAGAUCAAAAAGGUCACGCACGAGUGCGACGAGAAGGUGGCAGAAAUGGAGAAGAAGGUUAUGCUGUUGGAGCUGCAGCACAUGCUAGUAAUGCGCCCUGGCUUCCAAUCCGUAUUGAACCUCGACCAUCUGGGUCGCGAGCUGUUGAAGCAGGGUGAACUUCAGCGUCAAGGUUCCAAAGGUGUCCGUUGGGUCGAUACCCAUGCGCUGCUCUUCGACCAUUACUUUAUCCUGGCCAAGGCGUUUAUGGCCAAGGAUGGUUCUGGCAAAAAGUAUGACGUGUCCAAGGAGCCUAUCCCGAUGCCGUUGCUCUUCCUGGAGAGUACAAACGAUGAGCCAGUCGCAAAACAAAAGAGCCUGACUGCUCCGCUUACCCGUACGGCGGUAACCGGCGCUGGUUCUCAGCUCAUGAGCAAGUCGGCUACCAUGUCGGAGAAGCCCGGGGCGGACGACGACGGCAAGAUCAUCUAUCCAUUCCGGAUCAAGCACCUCGGCCACGAGAUCUACACGCUCUACGCAUCUUCGGCCCAGGAGAGGACUGCCUGGUGCAAUGCCAUCAUUGAGGCUAAGACGAGACAUGCCCGGGCGCUUCAUGCCCAGAACGCGGAGCCCUUCCGCCUGCGUGUAAUUUCCGACUGCGCCUUUGCCUAUGAUUCGACCUCGCCUAUGGGCAGACAGCCGACCGUGCCCAUCCGAGAUACUCCUCUUGACAGGGCGAUUCGCGAGAUGGAGAAGACCUAUGGUCCUGGCCGAGGUCCGCCGCCGGUGUGCAGAGCCACCGUCAACUGUGCUUGCGCCUUCAACAUGUUUGGCAAGUCGAUCAUCGCUAUCGGUACCGACUAUGGCGUCUACAUCUCGGAAGCUUCCAAUCCACGCGGAUGGACCAGGACGGUUCAGCUCCCCAAGGUCACGCAGAUCGCGGUGCUGGAAGAGUUCUCGGUCUGCCUGCUGAUUGCCGACCGGUCCUUGAUCUCCUAUCCUCUUGACAUCAUCGCUCCCGUCUCGGCCUUCCCUCCUCCGACAUAUGACAGCCCCCGUCGUGCUCCUCAAAAGUUGGCUAAAGAUGUUUCGUUCUUUGCCACAGCACGCAUGAAGGACAGAAUGCUCGUCUUCUACAAGCGCAAGGAAGGCAUGCACAACACCUUCAAGGUUCUGGAGCCCGUCUUCCAGCGAUCGACCGAGAAGCGCUCCCGUCUGUUCGGCCGUCGCUCCGGUGGCACAACCGAAACCUUCCGCGACUUCGACGAGUUCUACAUCCCCGCUGAGUGCUACUCGCUGAACCUCUUCCAGACCUACAUCGCGGUCUCAACGUCCAAGGGCUUCGAGCUCCUGACCCUCGACAAGAAAGUCCCCCAAUCUAUCCCCCGCGAGCUCAACCAGCCCGAAAUCGCCAACAUCGCCUCGCGCAUCAAGGAUACCAUCCCUCUGGGCAUGUUUAAACUCAACGACAACGAGUUCCUCCUUACUUACGAGGACUGCGCCGUCUACGUCGACAAGCACGGCGAGAUCUCGCGCACCCUCAUCAUGGAGUACAGCGGCAAGCAGAAGAAGGCUAAGGCAGCCACCAUGUUUGGGCAGUACCUGCUUCUGUUCAAUGACGAUUAUGUCGAGGUGCGAAACGCGGAGAACGGUCGGCUGAGGCAGAUCAUUGCCGGUCGGGAUGUCCGGUGUCUGGAUUAUGGGUAUCGUGGGCCGACUGGGUCGGGAGGUGCGAAACUUCCGCCGGCGCAGGCGCUUGCUGCUGCCGCGAAGGAUUCCAAAGGGACAGUAAAGAUUUGCAUGAGUCACCCUGAGGUGUCGGGCGGGCAGAUCGUACUGGAAAUGGUGUUGAAUGAUGGGCAUGUGGAGUCGUAA